CACACGCUCUGAGGAAACCAUCCAGUCUCCUGGUUUAACUUUCCCGGCUGACACAAACCCUCAAACUGAAGGAUUACUCGUUGCUCUGGUUGUUCUUUUCAGCUUCUUCAAAAGAAAAUACAAGAAGAUGGAUGUGAGCAGCUUCUUGUCAUUCCUGGCUCUCUGCUUCCUCAAUAAGCUGUUGCUGGUGGCAUCAUCUGAAAUUGCAAAUAUGGCUCAUAUAAGUGAGGAGCAGCGGAGCAAGAUUGCCAAGGCCCAAUUCCAAUGUUUCCAGAAGAUUACGAAAGAAUCUCAUCGCAAAACAAAAACCUCUGAGUUGGUGUGCAAUACAACAUGGGAUGGUUGGCUCUGCUGGGAUGAAGCUGAAGCUGGGGAGAAAGAACAGAACUGUCCGGGCUACUUUAGAAAUUUUGACACUCAAGCAAUGGCAUCCAAGAUCUGCACUGACACCGGUGAGUGGGGACGGCACCCGGAAAGCAACAGAACAUGGACAGAUUACCUGAGCUGUCCAUCAAAUGUUACAUCACAUGGCACGCAGGCAGCGAUGACUCACCUGUACUUGAUUAUGAUUGGUCAUGGACUGUCCCUCAUAUCUCUCAUCAUCUCAUUAGGAAUAUUUUUCUAUUUUAAGACGUUGAGCUGCCAGAGGAUAACUCUUCACAAAAACCUUUUCCUUUCAUUUGUGCUGAACUCAGUCAUCACUAUUGUGUGGUUCUCUGUAAAGAAGGAAGAUUCUGACACCUGUAAACUUCUGGCAUUCAUUCAAAUGUACAUAAUGAGCUGUAACUACUUCUGGAUGCUCUGUGAGGGCAUCUACCUGCACACUCUGAUUGUUGUGGCAGUGUUUGCAGAAAAACAGCAUCUUAUAUGGUAUUAUCUGCUCGGCUGGGGUUUUCCACUCGUGCCAGCGAUAAUCUAUUCAAUUGCACGUCAUUGCUACUACAAUGACAAAUGUUGGGUCAGUCCGGCUACCUCCUUACUGUAUAUUAUUCAUGCUCCAAUUUGUGCUGCACUGGUGGUGAACUUCUUCUUCCUACUGAAUAUUGUUCGAGUUCUCAUCACCAAGCUGCGAGUGACACACCAGGCCGAGUCCAGCCUCUACAUGAGGGCAGUGAGGGCGACCCUCAUCCUCAUCCCUCUGCUUGGUAUCCAGUACGUCUUGCUUGCGUACAAACCCCAGGAUCACUGGUUCUCUGAGAUAUAUCUGUAUAUCAUGAACAUCCUCAUGCAUUACCAGGGUCUUUUGGUUUCUACAAUAUUCUGCUUCUUCAAUGGGGAGGUUCAGACUGUUUUAAGGAGACAGUGGACUCUACAGCGGUUGCAGUUUGCUGGCACUUUUGCCAACCCCGAGUUCUUCCGGUCCUCUGCGUCUUACGUGGCAUCCUCACUGACCGAGGUCCACCGCUGCUACAGCAUCGAAAGCCACACGGAGCAUCUGAACGGAAAAAGCUACUCAGACAUAUUCAGGUCGGACAGCCCUUUCGUGUAAAGGCCGUGUUCAGCUCUUACUGUUUUUACUUCUCUCACCAAAUAUCAUUGUUUUCUUGAAGCUAUGGAACUGCUUCUGAGAACUUGAAACAAACUUUUUCCUUUCCAACUCCAAGAAAAAAAACAUUAAGAUGCAGAUAUUUUUGAAGAGUUGGUAAAUGGACAACAAAACUUGUGUUGUUGGACAUGAAGAAAACACCAUGAGUUUUAAAAAGACUUCAACACAAGGAUUUUGCUUUUAUUGCAUCAUGUGGACACAACUUCAAAUGAGUUUCUGUUGGGACUGAGGUUAAUAGUAUUUCUUGAUUGUUUUAUUUUAGCUAAAUUGAAAGGUUUCAGUGAAUUGCUGUUGGUACAAUGCUUUUAAAGACCAAACAUAAGCAAGUACAAUACAGCUGAACAGUCCACCUUGCAUGUUUCAGGAAAAAAAAUUGGACAAAGGACCAAAUGUCUGUCAAAUAAACGUUAUUCAUGGCUACAAACUCCAAAUGAUAGCAUCAUAAUAUUCUGAAGGAAUAAAAAAAACAGGAAGAGAGUCUGACAGAUAUUACCUACUUUAGCUGUCAAGUUGUGUCUUUUUAAUGACUAGCAGCACCAGAUUGUAAAUCCUCCAUACACAUCAAUUAUACAGGACACUGUAAAUCCUAGGAGGAGUUUUGUUUAAGGUUAGAAGCCUAAUUUUGUUUGUUUGUAUUUUAAAAGUAUUUCACUA